AUGGCCCAACGCCACGCCCUCGUCUUCGGCGCCUCUGGAAUUACCGGGUGGGCAGCCGUCAACGCCCUCUUAAGCGACUACCCAACCCCAGACACAUUCCAGCGGGUGACGGCACUAACGAACCGACCUCUAUCCGCCGAAGAUGCCCUAUGGCCAGCCUCAAAGAAGCUGAAUAUUGUCUCUGGACUGGAUCUUCUUGCAGGUGACCAGGCCACUCUAGAGGACACCAUGCUUGAGCGAGUUCCCAGCAUCGAUACCGUCAGCCAUGUGUAUUUCUUUGCAUAUAUAUUCAACUCGGAACCCCAGGAAGAAAUCUGGGUGAAUGUUGAGUUACUGAAGAGGGCCGUCACGGCUGUGGAUAAGUUGAGCGCGAAGCUUGAGUUUGUGCUUCUUCCGACCGGCGUCAAGGCCUACGGCGUGCACCUUCUCGACAAAUUCCCCUUCAGUGCUAACCUCCCACUAUCCGAAUCCCUUCCCCCAAUCCCGGAACCCCACAAGUCCAACCUCUUCUACUACCCACAAAUCACCCUCCUGCAAUCCCUGUCCAGCAACAAACCCUGGACAUACUGUGAAGUAAUGCCCGACAUUGUCGUCGGCUUCGUCCCCAACAACAACGCCUACUGCCUGGCGCAGUGGCUGGCUUUAUACCUAUCGCUCUACCGCGAGAUCAAUGGCCCCGGCGCCGAGGUUGUGUUCCCGGGGAACAUGAAGAGCUGGGGGAUCAAGUCGAAUGAUAGUGGGCAGGAUAUUAUUGCUCGCUUCGCGAUUCACGCGAGUUUGCAUCCUGCCAUCACCUCGGGGGAGCGGUAUAACGUUGCGGAUAACGCGCGGUGGAGCACUUGGGCUGUCAAGUGGCCGGUUAUCUGUGAGUUCUUUGGACUCAAGGGUGUGGCGCCUGAGAAUGGGCCCGGGCCCGAUCCGAGUGCGUAUGUGGCCGAGCAUCGCGAGGAGUGGUUUGAGCUCGAGAGGAAAUAUGGGUUGAAAGGUGGGAGAGUGGGGAAUGAGAAAAGUCUGAGUAUUGUGCCGCAGUUUCUGAUGGGCAUGUUUGAUUUUGAUCGGCAGUUGGAUAUGAACAAGAUGCAUGGGGCUUGGGGAGAGACUGUUGAGGAGACGGAUGUCAAGGGGGCGUGGUGGACUGCGUUUGAGAGAUUUAGGGCUGCGAGGAUUAUUCCGUGA